UCCCUCGGCGGACACCGUCUGCCAGCCAGAGCGGUGCCCGGGCGCUCGCCCUCUCCGUAGGGUGUCCGUCGGCUUCUACCUUCUCAGCCGGGCGGGCCAUGGCCAGCCGCGGGGCCCGGCAGCGCCCCAGGGGCGGCGGCAGCGGCGGCGGGGACCCGGCCUCGGCCGCGGACAAGCUGCGGGAGCUGCUGUGCGGCCGCGAGGCGGGCGGCGCGGAGCCGCGGGCCGAGUUAUCUGGGAACAAAGCUGGACAAGUUUGGGCACCGGAAGGAUCUACUGCUUUCAAGUGUUUGCUCUCAGCAAGGCUAUGUGCUGCUCUUCUGAGCAACAUCUCAGACUGUGAUGAAACAUUCAACUACUGGGAACCAACACACUACCUCAUCUAUGGGAAGGGGUUUCAGACUUGGGAAUAUUCCCCAGUUUAUGCCAUUCGCUCCUAUGCUUACCUGUUGCUUCAUGCCUGGCCAGCUGCAUUUCAUGCAAGAAUUCUACAAACUAAUAAGAUUCUUGUCUUUUACUUUUUACGAUGUCUUCUGGCUUUUGUGAGCUGUAUCUGUGAACUUUACUUUUACAAGGCCGUGUGUAAGAAGUUUGGAUUGCAUGUUAGUCGAAUGAUGCUAGCCUUCUUGGUUCUCAGCACUGGCAUGUUCUGCUCAUCUUCAGCAUUUCUUCCUAGUAGUUUCUGUAUGUAUACUACAUUGAUAGCCAUGACUGGCUGGUAUAUGGACAAAACUGCCAUUGCUGUGCUUGGAGUAGCAGCUGGGGCUAUCAUUGGCUGGCCAUUCAGUGUGGCUCUUGGUUUACCUGUUGCCUUUGACUUGCUGAUCAUGAAACACAGGUGGAAGACUUUCCUCCAUUGGUCGCUGGUGGCUCUCAUACUCUUUCUGGUGCCUGUGGUGGUCAUCGACAGCUACUAUUAUGGGAAGUUGGUGAUUGCACCCCUCAACAUUGUUUUGUAUAAUGUCUUUACUCCACAUGGACCUGAUCUUUAUGGUACAGAACCGUGGUAUUUCUAUUUAAUUAAUGGAUUUCUGAAUUUUAAUGUAGUCUUUGCUUUGGCUCUCCUGGUCUUACCACUGACUUCUCUUAUGGAAUACCUGCUGCAGAGAUUUCAUGUCCAGAAUUUAGGCCACCCAUAUUGGCUUACCUUGGCUCCAAUGUAUAUUUGGUUUAUAAUUUUCUUCACCCAGCCUCACAAAGAAGAGCGAUUUCUUUUCCCUGUUUACCCACUUAUAUGUCUCUGUGGUGCUGUGGCCCUUUCUGCACUUCAGAAAUGCUACCACUUCGUGUUUCAGCGGUACCGCCUAGAGCAUUACACUGUGACCUCAAAUUGGCUGGCAUUAGGAACACUCUUCCUGUUUGGACUCUUAUCCUUUUCUCGCUCGGUAGCCCUGUUCAGAGGGUAUCAUGGGCCCCUUGAUUUGUAUCCAGAAUUUUACCGAAUUGCUACAGACCCAACCAUCCACACUGUCCCAGAAGGCCGACCUGUUAAUGUGUGUGUAGGAAAAGAGUGGUAUCGAUUUCCUAGCAGCUUCCUUCUGCCCGAUAAUUGGCAACUUCAAUUCAUUCCAUCAGAGUUCAGGGGUCAGUUACCAAAACCUUUUGCGGAGGGACCACUGGCCACCCGGCUUGUUCCUACUGACAUGAACGACCAGAACCUAGAGGAGCCAUCCAGAUAUAUUGACAUCAGUAAAUGCCAUUAUUUAGUGGACUUGGACACCACAAGAGAAACACCCCGGGAGCCAAAAUAUUCGUCUAACAGGGAAGAAUGGAUCAGCCUGGCCUACAGACCGUUCCUUGAUGCUUCCAGAUCUUCAAAGCUGUUGCGGGCAUUUUAUGUCCCCUUCCUGUCGGAUAAGUAUACAGUGUAUGCAAACUACACAAUCCUCAAACCGCGGAAAGCAAAGCAAAGCAGGAAGAAAAGUGGAGACCGGAGAAGAGCAGAAUCAGCCCAUAGGAAGAACUGAAAGUCUGAACUGGGUGGCUGGUGAAGCUGUUCUCCACGCUCUGGCCUGGCACCCGAGAACUAGCUCGCCUCUCCUGGGCUGAUGGGCUUCUCCACCAAAGCCGUGUGGCAGCUUCUCACAGACCUUCUUGUUCACACCCCAGUGCUGAGAAUGAGCACAGCCUAGUUGCCAACCUACAUGUCCUUUCCCCUCCAGCAAGACUCAGUUUCUCUAACGCGCUUCACAGGACGAGGCUGUCCUGGAGGUGCCUCAGGAAAAAGGCAGCGAUGUGAGGAACUGUGGCCGAACUGCAUUAUUUAGGAUGCCACUUAUUUUCAUUUUAUUUCCUUUACAACAAACUGUAACUAUGUGGAUUGUUUCUUAAGUUUUAGCAUGCUGUUUCUUGAAUUCAAAACUUCCCUGUGUAAAGUUAUUAAUAGACCAGUAUACAGUGUAUGCAAUCUACACAAUCCUCAAACCCCGGAAAGCAACACAAAUAGGAAGAAAAGUGGAGUUAGGAACACGUGUACAGGACACAUUUGGAGAAAAUUAAUUCUACCAAUUGGAUAGAGUUGGAUAAUGUCACAUUUUUAAGUAAUGUAUUCUGUGGCCAUUUCUGAGGAAAUUAAGAAUUUCCCUUUUUUAAACAACCCUAGUGAAAAAGUCCAGUGUAUAUUUAUAGCAACUAUUUUUAAGUCUGUACAUUGCCAAGCACAUCCUGCAUGGGCACUUCUCGUCAGAUAGGCAAUUAUAAUGACCGAAUAUUUUAAUAAGUGUGUACUCUCUUUACCUUUACAUACAUUAUUUCAUAGUUUAUAAAGCAUUUUGCACUAUCUCAUUUGAUCCUCAUUCACAAUGUGAAGUAGACAAGUCAAGUGUUUUUAUACCCAUUUUAAAGAUUAAGAAACUGAGAUUACAGGGGGAGAGGGGAGGUAAAGUGACUUGCCCAAGGUCACAUAACCAGUUAAAUAGUAGCACCAGGACUAGAACUAUGUUGCCCUGCCUCUCAUCUAGUACUCUUCCAUAUUUUCUCACUUGACUGUGAAAACAGUACUUGAAAGAAUGCUGAGGUGACUUUCUGCUUUAAUGAAGAAUUUUAUCUGUUUUUCCUUUGAGUUCUCCAGAGCCUCCACUGUCUGCUGGUUAGACUCUCAUCACAGCAGUGACAGGAACACGUGUUUGGAAGUCCUGCUCCUUUGUAGCCAGGCAGGAUCCCGUAGUUGUUCCAUUUCUAUUGUCAAUCUGCAUCACAGUAUAGGUGCCUUAUUUCCCAAGGGUGAUUAUGUCUGGUAUCUGCAAAGAGGCUGAAUUUGUUUUUCAGAGUUUCCAUCUUUCAUUUUUCAAAGAGAAGGGCUUUCAAUAGGAACUGAUCCCAAGGGAGGAGAAAAGAGAUGAUAAGGGAAGGAAUGGCUAGUGGCCAUAUGCAAGUCUCCCCUCUGAAGGGAGAUUGGGAUCCAGAUGAAGUACUGGAGAGGCAACAGGUCUGGACCAUAGAGAAUAACUGAAAGGUGGAGAUAAACUGGGGUCCCACUUGCUGCUGUAAAGACUUCUGCCAUUUAAUUCUCAAUCCUUGAUUACUUUUUCCAAAUAUUGGCCCAUUUGGUCUGACUACAGGAUAGAGAAUUUUCACUGAAAUAUCUUGCCAUGCCUACUUUAAUAGUGCACCAAGUUGCUAAAGCCCUUUACUUUUUUGCAGAGGUAAAUAGAAUUCCGAAAGGGAGGCCCAUAAUGAGCGGCUUUUUCUAAUUGCAGUAGUACAACGCUGAUUUAUUCUAUCAUCUUGCAUGUGGAAAAUAAAAAGCCUUCUGAGCAGGAACUUACUAUAACAUAGCACAAACAAAGGUCAUGAUUGAUUCAGGGAUUCCCGGGAAAUAUCAGCUCCUAUUCCUUUUAAAUCCUGCUUUUGGUUUUCUCUGUUCUACGUAUAUCUUUAACGAGAGCACAAUCAACUGCAGGACUCUGUGCCAAAUGCUGUAGGUCAGAGUAGUAGAAAAUGAAUGUUUUUUGUUAUGAUGAAUUGUUCACAUAUUUAUAUAAACACAUUUAUAAAUCUCAGCAAUACAGGGAGCUUAGCUUGCCGGGGUAAAGUUCCAAACACCUGGUCAGGGUAACAUUUCUCCUCUAGAGAAUCAGUGUUCAGCAUGAGCUGUCCCCUCUGCGCAUUAUAAGGAUGGCAUGUCUAAGGUGCUUAUUUCUCCAUAGAUUGUGGAGUAUCAAGGAAUAAAAGACUAUAAUUGUUUGUAAUAACCUUUGAUUAUGGAGCUGAGUGCCGGAGUGGGUGUACGUGGUAAUACCAGGACUCAGAUCUCUGUUUUCUGAAGCAGCUGGAUCUGAAACCGGAUCUUAUGGCACUGAGUCCCAAACUGAGUUAAUAGGCAUCUAUUGUCAAAGUUUGCCUGUCACUGGGUAGUUGCCAUCUGAUAAGAAAGAAGACUGGUAAUUUUUUUUUUUUAUUAUUGAUUUGAGAGAGAGAGACAUUGAUUUUUUGUUGUUGUUGUUGUUCCACUAAUUUAUGCACUCAUUGUAUGUGCACUGACCAAGGAUUGAACCUCCAACGUUGGCAUAUUGGGAUGACGUUCUACCAACAGAACUAGCCGGAGGAAGAUUGGUCAUGUUAAUCUCUUGGGAUAAUCACAGAAAAUUGAAGCCCAUACUCUUUAUUAUUGAACUCAAGUUUAGAAACAGGAUUGUUUUAAAUCAAGGUGGGUCUUGAUCCCAACUAUUUAUUUGGAUCGUUUUGUUUGUUUGUUUGUUUAGUUUGAAGUUCUGGGAGAGAACCUUGAAAACUUCAUGUGGUUCUGCAACAUUAGAUCUGGAGUGACCACUAGGGCGAAGCACCAAUGGCAGCCCUUCGAGUUUGCAUUUCUUGGGGGUUACUGAAAUAACUCACUGUGAUUGUGCUGCCUCCUCCUCCUGCCCAGUGCCAGGCAGCUCUGCUUUUAAUUUGGUUAAUUUUAUUUUCUCUGGAGAGGGAAAAGAGGCACCAUUUCAUCUCUGCCUGCACAGGCAUAUUAAAGCUCAUGUGUUAAUUCAUUCUUACGCUCCUACAUUAAAUUACAUGCCUUGGUAAGUUGGUAAAUGCACAUGUGUUCAGCUUUAAUUUUUUUUUUUUUUAUUUAUUUUUUUUUUUGCAAGACAAAGAUCAGACUUCCGAAUGGCAUUGUAUUUCAGAGGCUCUCUGGUGUUUCAAUUAAUCAAAGUGAACGUUGCCUUCGACUUUCCCAAUGCACAUGACCAGGUGGCUCAUGCUGCAGAUACCAUCAGGAAGCAGUCCAGUGCUGAAGCAAGAGAUUGUCCGAGGGAUUUGUCUUCCUGAUCCUUGUGCUUUAUUUCCCAUGUCAGUGUUUACAUUGCAUACUUAUAUUUUCUGUGAACGAAAAAAGUUAAAUAAAUCUUGGCAGUUUGA